AUGGAGCACGAGGGGGACGAGCGCAUGGAGCACGAGGGGGACGAGCGCAUGGAGCACGAGGGGGACGAGCGCAUGGAGCACGAGGGAGACGAGCGCAUGGAGCACGAGGGGGACGAGCGCAUGGAGCACGAGGGGGACGAGCGCAUGGAGCACGAGGGGGACGAGCGCAUGGAGCACGAGGAAGACGAGCCCUCCUUUGGCGAGGCUCGGCUAGAAACCUUCACGAAACUCGAAAUGGUGUAUCCCCUAUACGAUGAUUGGCUCGUGCUUACUAAGCGCGAUGCGGAAACUCUGCAACCGCGGCAAUGGGUGUCUGGAGAAGGGAUCGAGUGGUUCAGACUGUACCUGCGGCAGCAGCUGCGAGAAUUGAUGCUAGGCGUGUCCGAGGCAGAGGCAGACGACUGGAUUGCUCGUGUGCCGUUAGUCAAAGUCCAGGCAACACAGCAGACGGACGCGUGUAACUGUGGCGUGUUUGUGAUGAAGUAUAUGCAGUACCUCGUGCUCUCGCGCUUUCGGGACCCUGAAAGCAUUCACCUCCACAGAGGCGCGGAGUGGUGGCGUGAGGAGCUGCUAGAAGAUCUCCUCGAGUGGACCGUCUAUUACAAUCGCCGUAUAGCGAGCUUUUUGUAA